AUGUUGUCGGAGGAUAGCCAGGACAAGCAGAACGUCAUUGGAGGACAGCCAGAGGAUGGCCAAGAGGAGAUCGAAACAUUGCUAGAGGACAACCAAACGUCGUCGAAAGACAACCAAGUAGGCCAGAAUGUUGCCGAAGGGCGACCAGAAGGUCAUUGGAGGGUGGGUAGAGUAGGUCAGAACUUCAUCAGAGGACUACCGAAAAGUUGUCAAAUUACAGUUAGAGGUUGCCGAAUGAUGGUCAGGAGGCGAUCGGAACAUCGUCCUAGGACGACCGAAACGUCAUCAUCGGAUAGCGGGGCAGGUCUGAAUGUCACUGGAUGA